GGAUAAACCCAUCAAACGUUCCAACGCGAGCUGGAGAGUCUGGCAUUCUGCUAGGGUUUUAGGUUUUCCGCCAUAGUUGCAAAAACCCCAGCUCAGGUUUGGUUCGGGGGACGCAAUGGAGGGGCUGAGCGUUUCGGAUGCCAAUUUGGUUGUAUAUUUGCAUCCGUCGACGAGCAACAAUGUCCACAAAGCAAUCCUGCGCGAGCUAAGCUCGAUGCUUUUGAGGUACAAUGAUACAUUUGAGGGUAUUGUAUUGGCUUAUGAAUUCAACAUUUUAGAUAAGGACGCAAAGAUUCUUCCCGGAGUUCAUCCUUAUUUUACUGUCAGACUAAAAGCAAAGUUAUUACUGUAUUCUCCAAAGCCCAAUAUGCUUGUAGAAGGAAAGGUUGUGAAAGUCACACAAGAAUCAAUUCAUGUCAUUAUCCUUGGCUUCUCGUCUGCUGUCAUAACAGACAGAGAUAUUCGCGAGGAAUUUCAAUAUAAAUCUAAACAUGGCAAGCAAUUAUUUGUUAGCAGAUCUCACAGGCGGCAUGUAAUAAAAGUUGGAACGAUGAUACGACUAUUAGUCAAAAGUGUGGAUGAGGAAACACUGUACAUUUAUGGUUCCUUGCUUCCAGCUCACACAGGAAACAUUAUCUGGUUGGAUAAACAAACGGAAGAUACUUCGCUAACAGAUUGGAGUGCGAAGCGGAGGAAAGGAAACGAUGGAGAAUCAGUUAUGCAAGAGCCUAGUAGAACCAGUGCCGAAACUGUUUCAGUCAAUAAUGACCAUCAUGUCAAGAAGUCAAAGAAACACAAAACACAAUAAGAGUCGUGAAGACUGCUGUCCGGUCUUUAUUACCAAUAGAAUCAUGUUAUGUUUCUGAACUCGACAAAGGCAUGUGAGCAGAUUAGCUGAUCUAGAAUAGAGGAGGCAGGGGGGCAUGCAAGCAAAUUACUCCAAUUAUUAAUGAAGAAAGAGGUUCAUCUCUCGUUCUCAACUUAUUGGAAGCUUUUUAUUAGGUUUAUCUGAAAAUCUUAUGUCUGCUUGCCGGGAUAUUACCACAAACACUGGUACAAGAUUUUUGGAGGGCACAAAACAUCUUGGUAUUUUGGUUUCAGAACUUUGAAAGUCGUGCUUUAUUAUGUUUUUGUAGGUGAUGGUAAAUUAUCGAUCUCUGAGGUUAUGUAUUGUCUUCUUCUA